AUGAAUCAGAUGUAUAGCAAUCAGUCGUCGCAAUCGGGAUCCAUGGAAAUGGUGUCUUCGGGACCGAACACCGACUGCUCGCUCACCACCGAUGAGGACGACUCCGACGGCCAGAAGUCUUCGCUGUCCUAUAAGGAGAGGAGACGUGAGGCUCACACACAGGCCGAGCAGAAGAGGAGGGACGCCAUCAAAAGGGGUUACGAAGAUCUGCAGCAUUUGGUUCCCGCGUGCAGUCAAUACGACUCCACAACCAGUUAUAAGUUGUCGAAAGCGGCGAUACUCUCGCGAUCUAUUGAACACAUGAAUCAUUUGGCGAAAGACAUGUCCACUCAGGAGAAGGAACUCCAGAGACUACGCAAAGAAGUGGUCGCCAAUCAGAUAAUGAAAAACAAUUACGAAAAGAUGGUUAAAGCGCACCAACAGUCACAACCCGGCCAUCAGAGCGAUCAGAUCAGCGAUUCCGUCAAACUGGCCGUCUUUGAGGGCAUUUUUGACAAUCUGUUCCAGUCGUUCGACAAGUCGGUCGAAGUGGCAGACUUUAAUCAACUCAGCGAUUGUACCAUCAAUUGGGUUGAGAAACACUGCAAACCCGAGACAUUACAACAGAUGGUCGUCCAGAUUAUGAAACAAAACCAUAUCACCAACUGA